AGAGGGAGAGAGGGAGGAAGAGGGAGGGAAGAAAGAAAGAAGAGAGAGAGGGAAUGAAAGCGAGUGACAUGAGGAGAAAAUGGGCAGAUUAUUUGUGUCCCAUGUCAUCAUCACUGAAGACCGUGCUAUCCCAUGUUCAGAGAACGGGUGAGGAGUUCCACUGGGUCUGCCAACAGAUGUGGAAGGCUAAGUUGCUGCGUCUGGAGCGGAGCUAAAUCAUAACGUCUGAGAAGCACAUGCCUCCCUGACUGCUGCCAGAGCUCUUCCCGAUUUGUUUACAGGCUUCAGGAUAUCCACUCGGUGAAGAUGUAGUCCAUUUGGUUUCCGUGGAGAUGUCUCUAAACAGGGCCUCCUCUUGUCGCCGCCCUCCUGCCCUGUUGCCGUGGCUACUGUGGACUCUGUGGGUUCUACUCCUCCCCACGACCGUCGCCUCGACCACGGGCCCCGGCAACAGCACCCUGCUCUUCAACAGUGCCGCCCACGGCAACAGCCUGCGGAAAUGCAGCUGCUCCACCCACAUUCAGGACUGUGACGAGGCGUUGGCAAACCUGCUGUGCAGCUGCCGCACCAUGUCGCACUCAGAGCUGACCCCUGGGGGCCUGAGGGAGCAGGGCAGCUUGACCAUGUGGCUCAGAGAGCCCUGGGUCCUCACAGAGCUACUGAAUGGGAGCGUGGUGCCAGACCUGCGCCUGUCCUACUGUGGACCCGGGUCCCUGGCCAUCCCCACCCAGUACCUGGCCCUGUUCGGUCUCCGUAGGCUGAGGGUCCACAUCGCUGCCCAGGGUGCCCCACACCCGGAGCAAGUCCUCACAAUCGCCUCUGGGACUGAGGAUAUAGAGGGUAUGGGGUCCCUAGCCUCCACUGACCCCUCGUCUUCUAUCCUUCAUGUAUCCUUCCUGGAUGUAGCACUGCUUAAUGGCUUGUCGUCCCUAAAGGCCUACAGUGUGAGCGCCCCUCCCAUGCCCACCCUCUCCAAGUACUUCCCCUACCUGCCCCUGUACCCCUCCACCGCCUUGGACCAGCCCCUGUACCCCUCCACCCCUCUGGACCAGCCCCCAGAUCCCCAACAGGACUGCCUCUUCACCUUCAUCUACUAGACCUGUAGGCUCUGAGCAGAGAGCAGGGCUGGGUCAGUCCCUCAGCUAAAUAGAUCUAUGGGAACUAGACUGGGCUGGAUGGAUAACACUGAAGUGGUAAGUGCAAGAGCUCCAUUCACCCUGAUGUUACUGAAUGCGCUUGAUGUGCAGAGAGCUAUGCUGCUUUUCAAUUUGUUUCUAUAUGGUGCGUUUCUACGCUGCAGAAAACACUAUUCCAAAAUCCACAAGAAGACUCUGGACAAGACAACCAUCUCUGAGAAGAAGAAGGAGGCAUCUGUUAGUAUCAAUGCAAGAGCGAGGCAGAGAAGAAGAGAUGGAAAGAGACUGAGAACGAGACAGAAAACAAGACAGAGAACGAGACAGAGAACGAGACAAGGACGGUAUCCGUCUGCUGCAUUCAUAACAAGUGCUAUCUGACAGUAAGCUUUGCCAGCUGCUCUUUUCUUCAGUUAUUCGGUGCAGAUGGCCUAUUAAAGCAUGUUGUUUUGAAGCAGGUUACCAUGACUCCCCUUUAAAUGGGUCUUCCUGGUUGGAACCCUAAUGGAUCGUCAGGUCAUGUGACUGUUCUUAGUUGAACUGUACGGUUGUGGACCCCACCUUAAGCUGGACUUGGUUGGGUUUUUAAUUCAAGAUGAAGCUGACGUAGAAGCCUUCUGGACUGGUGUGCUCUGGAGACUGGGUCCGUCCGGCCCAUGCUGGAUUGAUUACAUCACUGUGUUUCUGGUGUUCUAGAAUACAGGGUUGUUCUGGAACGGCCUUGGUCUCACCCCUAUGGUCCACAAUAUGUUCUUCUGCUCAUGUUCUAGAAUGAGCAUGUCUGUACCCUUUUAGUUUUUAAGUAGUACCCUGGCCAGGGAUUAGACCAGGUUAGUAAAGGUUAAUACAUUUUACCCUUGUUUUUUUUUAUUUUUAUUAAAAGAGGGGGAAGAAGGAACAUGACGAGAGGUGUUAGGAAAUAUUUUCUGAUCUCCACUCAAAAAACAAAUAGGACGUGUUUUAUUUUCAGCUGACAUCCGGAGAGAGACAUAGUCACGUCAUUCAUCUAAAACCACCCUCACAGACGACUGCAGCCAACACUUCUGUUCUGCGUGUGUGUGUGCGUGUGUGUGUGUGUGUGUGUGUGUGUGUGUGUGUGUGUGUGUGUGUGUGUGUGUGUGUGUGUGUGUGUGUGUGUGUGUGUGUGUGUGUGUGUGUGUGUGUGUGUGUGUGUGUGUGCGUGUGUGUGUGUGUGUGUGCGUGUGUAUGUGCGUGUGCGUGUGCGUGUGCGUGUUCCUAGGCGUGCAAGUGUACAUGCAUAUUCUUAUAUACGUCUUGUAAAUAAUUGUUGAAGAUGGGUGAAGUGAUGCUUCAGUUCCUCUGCCUGCCCUGUGGUGAGCAAUGAUGGGUAUUAUCUGUAUUAUGUCACGCCAGAACACACUCACUGAUGACUGUUGGGAAAUGAAGGUUUCUGUAUUAUGUCACGCCAGAACACACUCACUGAUGACUGUUUGGAAAUGAAGGUUUCUGUAUUAUGUCACGUCAGAACACACUCACUGAUGACUGUUUGGAAAUGAAGGUUUCUGUAUUAUGUCACGCCAGAACACACUCACUGAUGACAUUUGGGAAAUUAAGGUUUCUGUAUUAUUCUGCAUUGACAUGACACUACAACAUUCAGACACAUCAGAACCCAACCAGAUCCAUGUGUUUAAGAGAGCUGGGAAUGUUGAAUAUGGUUUCUAAUUCUACACAUUCGGUUACAUAGCAUUAUAUUUAAAAAUUCCCAAUGUCAUGUUAAUGAGGACGGAACACAUCUCGGAUACAAGCUCUCAAGCACAGGCUCGCUCUGUAGAGACAGAAAUCUGUCAUUAGUGCUUCCCAUUUGGGGAACUUAGGUCACACCUCUGGGGAACCAUUUACUGUGGAUUAAACAUUUAGGCUAGGUCAUCACAAAAUGUGUCACUCCUCACGCUCCCUGUCUGCACCGUAAAGUAUAUCUCAUUCACUCACAAUCCAGGCAGAAUGAUCCAUGAGCCUCCGUAGUAGGAGAUGGGUGUUUGUGUUUCAUGUCAUGUUUAUUAACUAGUGUUGCUACUUUGAUUUUAAAGCACCUUUUGAUUCAAGCACCUUUUUUCUCUUCACUGUAUCAUAUCAGGACAUGUUUUGAAGGUGUAUAUAUACAGUUGAAGUUGGAAGUUUACAUACACCUUAGCCAAAUACAUUUAAACUCAGUUUAUUACAAUUCCUGACAUUUAAUCCUAGUAAAAAUGCCCUGUUUUAGGUCAGUUAGGAUCACCACUUUAUUUUAAGAAUGUGAAAUGUCCAAAUAAUAGUAGAGAGAAUGAUUUCUUUCAGGUUUUAUUUCUUUCAUCACAUUCCCAGUGGGUCAGAAGUUUACAUACACUCAAUUAGUAUUUGGUAGCAUUGCCUUUAAGUUGUUUAACUUGGGUUAAAUGUUUCGGGUAGCCUUCCACAAGCUUCCCACAAUAAGUUGGGUGAAUUUUGUCCCAUUCCCCUUAACCGAGCUGGUGUAACUGAGUCAGGUUUCUAGGCAUCCUUCCUCCACACGCUUUUUCAGUUCUGCCCACAAAUUUUCUAUAGGAUUGAGGUCAGGGCUUUGUGAUGGCCACUCCAAUACCUUGACUUUGUUGUUCUUAAGCCAGUUUGCCACAACUUUGGAAGUAUGCUUGGGGUCAUUGUCCAUUUGGAAGACCCAUUUGCGACCAAGCUUUAACUUCCUGACUGAUGUCUUGAGAUUUUGCUUCAAUAUAUCCACAUAAUUUUCUUUCCUCAUGAUGCCAUCUAUUUUGUGAAGUGCACCAGUCCCUCCUGCAGCAAAGCACCCCCACAGCAUGAUGCUGCCCACCCCCGUGCUUCACGGUUGGGAUGGUGAUCUUCGGCUUGCAAGUCUCCCCCUUUUCCCUCCAAAUAUAACGAUGGUCAUUAUGGCCAAACAGUUCUAUUUUUGCUUCAUCAGACCAGAGGACAUUUCUCCAAAAAGUAUGAUCUUUGUCCCCAUGUGCAGUUGCAAACCGUAUUCUGGCUUUUUUAUGGCGGUUUUGGAGCAGUGGCUUCUUCCUUGCUGAGUGGCCUUUCAGGUUAUGGUGAUAUAGGACUCUUUUUACUGUGUAUAUAGAUACUUUUGUACCUGUUUGUACCUACUUUUGUACCGUUUGGAAAUUGCUCCCAAAGAGGGACCAGACAUGUGGAGGUCUACAAUUUUUUUUCUGAGGUCUUGGCUUAUUUCUUUUGAUUUUCCCAUGAUGUCAAGCAAAGAGGCACUGAUUUUGAAGGUAGGCCUUGAAAUACAUCCACAGGUACACCUCCAAUUGACUCAAAUCAUGUCAGUUAGCCUACCAGAAGCUUCUAAAGCCAUGACAUCAUUUUCUGGAAUUUUCCAAGCUGUUUAAAGGCACAGUCAACUUAGUGUAUGUAAACUUCUGACCAACUGGGAUUGUGAUACAGUGAAUUAAUCUGUCUGUAAAGAAUUGUUCGAAAAAUUACUUGUAUCAUGCACAAAGUAGAUGUUUUAACCGACUUGCCAAAACUAUAGUUUGUUCACAAGAAAUUUGUGGAGUGGUUGAAAAAUGAGUUUUAAUGACUUCAACCUCAGUGUAUGUAAACUUCCGACUUCAACUGUAUGCUUUGCAGAAACAGGUAUAAAUCACAUAUACCUGUAGAUAAGUACGGGCUCUCUGGUGUUGGGACUGGCUGUAUAAAUCAUUCUGGGUACUUGCCUUCUACGACAUAUUUAAUACGUCAUCAAUAAAUCAUGUAUCACAGUUUGGUGGCUUUGAUUUGUGUAUAAUUUGGUUCAAGGCAGAUUAUUGACUGCUUUAUAAGGUAGAAAUCAUUUUGUUUAUAGGUGCGCGUGGGUUAUGACCUCUGUCUACACACCAUUCAUGUUGUAUAUGAGUAUUAUGUUAUUAAAACCAACAAAAGUGA